CGAAGCGCAUCAACCUUAAUAAUCAUUUUUGUUCUUUUAUUUAACAAAACCGUAACGACAGUUGUUCCACAAUCAAAUUGGUUCGCACUGUUAUCUUUCUGUAAAUGUUAAGAAUUUGGGUGCCCACAGCGUGUAUGUAAGGUGUGUGGGUGUGCACAUCAUUUAACCGCAAAAAUAUUAUCAAAUAAAUGGCACCGCCAAGAACCAACAACCGGCCUGUGACCCGACGUAAAAAGCCAAGCAACCUGUUGCUAUUGCUAAAGGAGAAAUAUGUCAAUUGGAACUUUAUCAAAUACCUGGCAUUCGAGCCGGCUGCGCUGCCCAUUGUUUCGGUACUGAUUGUUUUGGCCGAGGCGGCUAUCAACGUGCUUGUCAUUCAACGUGUGCCCUACACCGAGAUUGAUUGGAAGGCCUACAUGCAGGAAUGUGAAGGCUUUCUGAAUGGCACAACCAAUUAUUCGCUGCUGCGAGGUGACACCGGUCCGUUGGUAUACCCGGCUGCAUUUGUUUACAUUUACUCGGGACUGUACUAUUUAACCGGCCAGGGUACGAAUGUGCGCCUGGCCCAAUACAUAUUCGCCUGCAUCUACUUGCUCCAAAUGUGCCUUGUAUUGCGCCUCUAUACGAAGAGCCGCAAGGUGCCGCCCUAUGUGCUGGUGCUGAGCGCCUUUACAUCCUACCGCAUCCACUCGAUAUAUGUGCUCCGGCUGUUCAAUGAUCCUGUGGCCAUUCUACUGCUAUAUGCUGCGCUAAAUCUGUUUCUGGAUCAGCGUUGGACGCUGGGAAGUAUUUGCUAUAGCCUCGCUGUUGGUGUCAAAAUGAACAUUUUACUGUUUGCUCCCGCGUUGCUGCUGUUCUAUUUGGCUAAUCUGGGCGUGCUCAGGACUCUGGUGCAGCUCACCAUUUGCGCAGUAAUACAGCUGCUAAUUGGCGCGCCCUUUCUGCGUACCCAUCCUAUGGAAUAUCUGCGCGGCAGCUUCGACCUGGGUCGCAUCUUUGAGCAUAAGUGGACUGUCAACUAUAGAUUCCUAAGCAAGGAAUUCUUCGAGCAGCGUGAGUUUCAUUUGGUCCUGCUGGCGCUGCAUCUGCUGCUGCUCUUAUGCUUCGCCAAGCCCACCUGGACGUUCUUCAGAAGCUACCUGAGACUACGCGAGGUGCAGCAACAGAUAGUGCCACAAAUACUACACAAGAAUCGCGAGCAGCAGAACCAAGCAAAGAUUCAGGCGAAGAAGUCCAAGCAAUUGGUAGAGCAGCAGCAGGAGGAGGAGGACGAGCAACUUAGUGCCGAGCAAAAGUCCUUUCUCAAGGCAUUCGAGAGGAGUCUGCAACAAAGCACGGGUCAGAAAUCUUCAGAACCACAUUUGAACCAAAAGCAAGAACAAUACGACAUUUAUUUUGAGCCAUGCACGCAGCUGGCGCUGCUGCCCUUCUUCCUGUGCAACUUCAUUGGUGUCGCCUGCGCCCGGUCGCUGCAUUAUCAGUUCUACAUUUGGUACUUCCACUCGCUCCCGUAUUUGGUAUGGUCCACGCCGUAUUCGCUCGGCGUGCGCUAUUUAAUUCUGGGCAUUAUCGAGUACUGCUGGAACACCUAUCCCAGCACAAUGGAAUCCAGCAUAGCUCUUCACCUGUGUCAUCUAGUUCUGAUUGUGGGCGUGGCACGCCACGUCUACCGCAUCCUGAGGCUCAACGCUGCGGUAAAGCAACAGCAGCGGCAGGAACAACCCAUUUUACAAAAUGGUCAGCCAAAGACAUCCAAAAAAUCGCAAUGAUCAAUAACAUUUGUAUAUGUUUAAAAAAAAGAACCUUGGAAAGAAAAUAACGCCUUAAACAUUUAUGUAACUUUUUUUUGGAGAAAAACUAACUCUGAGAAAUAUAAACGUCAAAGUUGAGUCAGCCUCACUCGAUUUAAUAAACAGGUUAUAAAACUAGAGAAUACCUUCUAAAAA